AUGCCUUACCUGCCUACCUCCCAGGCAUUCCUGGAGCAGUCCGCCCAGCUACUAGAGGCAUACCCAGACACUACCCGGAUAACAACAAAAUACAGCUUCCCAACCGAAACUCCCGGCGCCCGUGCCAAGCGCGCAAAGUCACAAGCCAAAAAGACCGCCUCCUCAGAAUCACCCUCUACACAAGCAGCACCCACCCCCUCCGCCCCGGUCGCUGCGCUCACCCUCAAGACCUACAAUCCUACGACAGGCAUCGUGCUACAGUACCGCACGAACAAGAUCGCCGAGGUCAGCCGGCUGAUAACCGGGCUGGGUAAGCUGGCGAGCGGCGCGGACGUCGCGAGCCUUGGGUUGUCGGCGCCGGGUCAAGCGGCGGGGGAUGUGGAGAUGAUUGAUGCGCCGGUAGAAGAGAGUGCUGCAGCUGCAGCUCCGGCGCAGGCUGGGAAGAGCCAGGCCCAGGGACAGGGACAGGGCCAGGGCGGGAAGGGGAAGAAGAAGGGCGGGAAGGGGAAGCGGUAG